AUGGCGGCGGCCGUAGCUGCGUGGCCUUGGGCUCUGCUGUGCCUGGCGGCGGUGCCGCCGCCGCUCUCCCCGGGAGCGGCCGGCCUGUCUUGUUGUUACCACGCGAAGGACAAUCUAAUGUGCCGGGAUGUUUGUGAACAGAUUUUGUCUUCUAAGAGUGAUUCCCGUUUAAAACAUUUACUGCAACGGGCACCUGAAUAUUGUCCAGAAUCAAUGGGAGAAGUUUGGGGUUGUAUAAAUUCUUCUUUGCCAGGAGUUCUGAAGAAGUCUGAUGGUUGGGUUGGUUUAGGUUGCUGUGAGCUAGCUAUUGCUGUGGAAUGUCGGCAAGCAUGUAAACAGGCUUCUUCAAAGAAUGAUAUUUUAAAAGUCUGUAGAAAGGAAUAUGAGGAGGUUGGCCAAUAUGUGUUGAAGGAGAACGGGAGAGGAAAGAAUGCUCUCUUUAGUUGUAUUAACAGAAAUGAAAUGGGGUCAAUCUGUUGCAGUUAUGCAGGUCACCAUACAAACUGUCGAGAAUAUUGUCAAGCAAUUUUUCGGACAGACUCCUCUCCUGGUCCUUCACAAAUAAAAGCAGUUGAAAAUUACUGUGCAUCAAUUAGCCCUCAGCUGAUACACUGUGUGAACAACUAUACGCAAUCCUAUCCAAUGAGAAAUCCUACAGAUAGUUUGUAUUGCUGUGAUAGAGCAGAAGACUAUGCAUGUCAGACUGCUUGUAAAAGAAUUCUAAUGUCAAUGAAAACAGAGCUUGAAAUUGUUGAUGGACUUAUAGAAGGCUGCAAAACGAUGCCUCUUCCUCAGGAUCCACUUUGGCAAUGUUUUCUUGAGAGUUCAAGGUCUGUUCACCCAGGAGUCACUGUGCACCCUCCACCUUCAACAGGCCUCGAUGGAGCAAAACUUCAUUGCUGUUCUAAAGCAAACUCUUCCACAUGUAGGGAGCUCUGCACUAAGCUUUAUAGCACGAGCUGGGGCAGUUCACAGAGUUGGCAAGAAUUUGAUCGCUUUUGUGAGUAUAAUGCAGUUGAAGUUUCCAUGUUGACCUGUUUAGCAGAUGUACGAGAACCUUGUCAGCUGGGCUGUAGAAAUCUUUCUUACUGCACUAAUUUUAAUAACAGACCAACAGAACUUUUCAGAAGCUGCAAUUCGCAGUCAGACCAAGGAGCCAUGAAUGACAUGAAGCUUUGGGAAAAAGGGAGUAUUAAGAUGCCAUUUAUAAAUAUUCCUGUUCUUGAUAUUAAUAAAUGCCAACCAGAAAUGUGGAAGGCAAUUGCCUGCUCACUGCAGAUUAAACCUUGCCACAGCAAAUCUAGAGGAAGUAUUAUCUGCAAAUCAGAUUGUGUGGAAAUACUAAAGAAAUGUGGAGAUCAUAAUAAAUUCCCUGAAGGCCACUCAGCUGAAAGUAUUUGUGAGCUCUUGUCUCCAACAGAUGACUUGGAGAACUGCAUUCCUUUGGAUACAUACCUGAGUCCAAGUUCUUUAGGAAACAUUGUGGAAGAUGUUACUCAUCCAUGUAAUCCAAAUCCAUGUGCAGCUAAUCAGUUGUGUGAAGUAAAUAGAAAAGGAUGUCAGUCUGGAGAAUUGUGUCUUCCAUAUCUGUGUGUACCAGGCUGCAAACUGGGAGAAGCCUCGGAUUUUAUUGUCCGUCAAGGUACACUUAUUCAGGUUCCAUCCUCAGCUGGUGAUGUUGGUUGUUACAAGAUUUGUACUUGUGGACACACUGGAUUGCUAGAAAAUUGUGUAGAAAUGCAUUGUGUUGACCUCCAAAAAUCAUGCAUUGUUGGAGGACAAAAAAAAAGCCAUGGGACAUCUUUUAAUAUAGACUGCAAUGUCUGUUCAUGUUUUGCUGGGAACUUGAUAUGUUCCACACGUCAGUGCUUAACUGAGCACAGUUCAGAAGAUGAACGUCGGAAGUUUACAGGUUUGCCAUGUAACUGUGUAGAUCAGUUUGUACCAGUGUGUGGUCAGAACGGGCGCACGUACCCAAGUGCAUGUAUCGCUCGGUGUGUUGGCCUCCAAGACAAUCAGUUUGAAUUUGGAUCGUGUAUUUCCAAGGAUCCUUGUAACCCUAACCCCUGUAGUAAAAAUCAAAGAUGCAUUCCAAAGAAACAAGUUUGCUUGACUAGUUUUGGAAAGUUUGAAUGUAGCCAACAUGAAUGUGUGCCAAGGCAAUUAAACUGUGACCAGACACAGGAUCCUGUUUGUGACACGGACGGCGUGGAAUACAGUAAUGUGUGCACUCUGUACCAAAAAGGAAAAAAUCUGGCCUAUCGAGGACCAUGCCAGCCAUUCUGCAAAUCAGUAGAACCUGUGUGUGGACAUAAUGGGGAAACCUACAGCAGUGUGUGCGCUGCCUAUUCGGACCGCGUGGCCGUUGACUAUUAUGGGCCCUGCCAGGCUGUGGGUGUGCUCUCAGACUAUGGCUUUCACACAGAGUGUGCCUUUGUUAAAUGUCCCCAGCUUUCUGCUGCUGGCUGCAAACCAGUCGUUGCACCAGGAGCUUGCUGCCCACUGUGCGCUGGAAUGCUGAGAAUAUUAUAUGACAAAGAUAAGCUGGACAACUUUGCAAGGGUAACCAAUAAAAAGCCUAUAACUGUACUUGACAUACUUGAAAAACUCCGCCUGCACGUUUCCGUGCCACAGUGUGAUGUGUUUGGGUAUUUAAGCAUAGAAUCUGAAAUUGUGAUUCUCAUCAUUCCUGUGGAUCAGAAACCCAAACCAUUGCAGAUUGAAGCCUGCAAUAAAGAAGCAGAAAAGAUAGAGUCGCUGAUCAAUUCAGACAGCCCAACAUUAGCAUCACACGUACCUCUGUCAGCCCUAAUUGCAUCUCAAGUACAAGUUUCGUUUAGCAUUUCUUCUCCUUCUGUUAAAGUGGGGCCUGUGCUGCACUGCCUGUUCAUCAGUUUCUCAUUUACCUUGCUAAAAUUAAUGCAUUACAUAUAGCUACAAAGCAAACACACCAGUAUCAAGGUAUUUUACGUUGUGGAGAACAUUGGGAAUUGUUGAUCACCGAAGCGGAAAACACAAACUGUAGAAGACUCGACGAACUGACGUUUCUCACUGAAGAAGGAAGAGUAUUUGGAAUAAGCUGAAAGAUGAUUCUUUUAUUCCUCACUACCAAAGUGUUUGUUUCAGCACAAUUAGAUCAUUUUCCACAGAUGUACAUUGGAAGGUUCUGACUUCAUGGAUCUCUAUUCGUGAGAAGGUUCUCAGUGUUCAUUUCAGCAGUGAACAAAGCGUUGUGAGUUUACUGAAAAAUGGUAACUUUGUGUUAUUCAGACAAAUAUCAGUGACUGCAAAAUGUACGUGCCUGUUCUAAGCAUCAUUUUUUGAAGAAACAAAGUGCUGCUACUUCAUUACCUUACCAAAAAUAUGAGUUUAUUCUCAUGUAAAUACACUUUCGUAUUUUAUUAUGAAGGAAACUAACCAGGCCUGAGCCUGUUUCAACAGACAUCUUUACUUGGACCAGUGAAGAUUCAUGGGACGUUGGGCUCAGUGCUUCUGAAAUGACAAUCAAGCUCUAUACCUGAAGUACCUGAAGAAAUGAAGAAAUGUUUUCUUUUUAUAGUUUUGUAUAUUUCAGAAUCUCGUAUUAGAUGCAAAUUUAUAAAGAAUCUCAUUAUCUCUAUUUAAGUGCCAUUUAAAAUAUUGCAGUAUUUGCAUGUUAUCUAAUGAAAAUUAUACUUUAAAUAUGUUUAAAUGUUUACACAGUGUUUUAUUUCUUAUUGUAUUCUAUGCACCUGACCUUACUCUGCAUGAAGUAUUUUGUAUCAGUAUUAUGAUAACCAACUUUGGAAGUAUUUACAGAUUUGUUUUGCCAAAAUGCUGAACUUUGAAAGCACUGAAAACUUUUUGAACAUGUAUGUUAUUGUAGCAUGUCUGUAGCAAAUAUUUUAUGCUAAAUCUUUUAAAUUUAAAAGUAUUAAAGCUUUUUUAUCUUAA